CGGCGGCGACAACCAAAGAGGAAACCGACCGCGCGGCACGGCACGACUCGGCACGCCUGAAGAAGUCCCACUGUUUGCCUGAACGUUAGCUGCCCCUGCACGCGCUCUCUCGUUAACGGAUAUACAACCGCCGCGCACACCGGGAGAACAGCGGAGAGGGGGAACAUUAUGGCGACGUUGGGACCGGAGUCGGCUCGUCCUCCUCUUUCCCAGCUCGGUUCUUCCCCGUCGAUCCAGGCUCACAUCGGCAGCGCCAACCUGCCUCCCAACCGGGGCUUGGAGCGGGCGCUGGAGGAGGCGGCGGCCAGCGGCGUCCUCAACCUCAGCUCCCGAAAGCUGAAGGAGUUUCCCCGGACAGCCGCCAACCACGACCUGACGGACACGGUGGAAGCAGACCUCUCAAAGAACAGACUGGCCGACGUCCCCACAGAAGUCUGCCACCUGGUCGCCUUGGAGACACUAAACCUGUAUCACAACUGCAUCAGGACCAUCCCAGACAGCAUCAUCGGCCUGCAGUCACUCACCUCCUUAAAUCUCAGUCGUAACCAGCUGGGCGCUCUGCCGGCCUGUCUGUGUGGUUUACCUCUGAGAGUCCUCAACGCCAGCAACAACAAGCUGGUCAGCCUGCCGGAGACCAUCGGACAGCUGCACGGCCUCAUGGAGCUGGACAUCAGCUGCAAUGAGAUCACGGCUCUUCCUCGUCACAUCGGCAGACUCAAAGCUUUGCGAGAACUAAACGUACGUCGGAACCUUCUCUGCGUCCUGCCAGAAGACCUGGCCGGCCUUCCUCUGGUGAAGUUUGACUUCUCCUGUAACAAGGUGUCGACCAUCCCGGUGUGUUACAGGAAGAUGAAACAGCUCCAGUCCCUCCAGUUAGAGAACAACCCACUGCAGAGUCCACCUGCACAGAUCUGUAUAAAAGGUAAAGUUCACAUAUUCAAGUAUCUGAGCAUCGAGGCGUGUCGCAGCGAGAAGAUGCCCGACUCACUCUACCUGCCUGUCAUAGAGAGACUCAGCCUAUCACGGCCCACCACCGGCAGUGUGGAGGACAUGGAGCAGCAGAAGAAGCAGGACAGUGACUCAGGAGUUGGCAGCGACAACGGAGACAAGCGACUGUCGGCUACUGAGCCGUCAGAUGAAGACAGUCUGAGUCUCAACGUCCCAAUGAGCCACAUCACAGAGGAGGAGGGGAUCAGUAAAGACGAUUCCAGUGAACACAUCAGCUCCCUCACAGCAGACCCAAACACCGACUCAGUGCGUCUGAUCGAGGAGAGCCCUACGGAAGCCCUGAAGGACCAGUUCAGCUACAGAGACUCUGCUCUCAGCACGCGCUUCGUCAACUACAUCAAGGGUCGGACAGCAGCAGACUUUGACGAGCCUCUCAGGAUAGAGGAAGACGUACACUGGCAAACAGAACAAAUGUCAAAGGUCACAGGGGGCACAGAGCUCCACAUCGACAUGAUCAACCAGCUGAAGGAGGCUGUGGAGCUGCUGCAGGACCCCAGCAGAGUGAAUGCGGAGCAGGACGAUCUGUCUGGAGUUCAGCUCUACCCGGUGGAGAUGGUCACAGUGGAGGAGUCACUCAAUGGGCAGGACAGCGAUGACGGCAUCACCACACCAAAGCGACAUGACAGAUCUCCAGCCGGCGGACCUCCAUCCUUCUCCAGCCCCGUGUUUGGACUGAAGCCCCGAUCAGCCCCGCCCUCGCUGCCCUGCUCGCCCCCUCCUUCCUGUCUUGCCCCCUCCCUCCUCUCACAGGCCUCGCCCCUCCAUAGAGAUACGCCUCGUAGCCAUGACGACGGAGGCAUGCACAGCCGCGUGUUCCUGCGCAGCCACAAGAGUCUGGAGUCUGUCGAUCCUCAGUUCACCAUGAGGAGAAAGAUGGAGCAGCUGCGAGAGGAGCUGGAGCUGAUGGAGCAACUGCGAGACAGCAUCGAGAGCAGACUGAAGGUCGUCCUUCCUGAAGACCUCGGAUCGUCUCUGAUGGACGGCGUCGUGCUCUGCCAUCUGGCCAAUCACAUUCGCCCGCGCUCUGUCGGCAGCAUCCACGUCCCCUCGCCUGCAGUGCCCAAACUCAGCAUGGCAAAGUGUCGGAGAAAUGUGGAGAACUUCCUGGACGCCUGCAGAAAGAUCGGUGUCCCAGAGGACAAACUGUGUCUCCCUCACCACAUCCUGGAGGAGAAGGGUCUGGUGAAGCUGGGCAUCACAGUGCAGGCUCUGGUGGACGAGGCGUCCUCCAAACAAACCCUCCUGACGUGAGCUUCCUCUGACUGACACCAACAUCAAACACACACCUGGAUCUGAACGCUGACACGAAGCUGCGACUCACCUCUGUGCUCAUUCUGCAUCCCUCUCUGUAACAGAGUGCUUUAUUAGAUUUAAGGAUGCACAGUGGUGUUAAGGGAACUAAAGCAGUCAGGAGUGGGUUUAUUUACUGGUCUAUGAGAGGGAACUGGGGUCAGACAGACCGGGGAAGAGCCGACGUGUUCAGGUGUUUGACUGCUUCCAGGUGAUCUCUCAUCAUUAUGAUGUUUGUAAAUCAGUUUCAGGGGACGGGAGUGAAAAUGAUCCCUGAUUUCCUCCAUUUCUUCAGGUAAAAACAACACACACAAACUGAAGGGCAUAAACACAACCACAUGAUUUCAUGUUUUAAUUUUUUAAAGACAUUCUGACACUGGUUGGCACCAAACUGAUGACAGAGUAUUAGAGCCGCUGUGGGAGAGCUACAAAACGCUAAACUAAGAAGAAUAAAGUCACAAUAAUUCGAGGGGAAAAAAUGUCAUAAUAUUAUGAGAAUAAAGUGGUAUUAGGGAGUACACAGGAGAAAUAAUAAUACAAGAUAAAGUCACAAUUUUACAGCAGUAUUUGUAAUAUUUUCAGAAUGAAUUUGGCUUUAUACUUUAAAAAAUCUGACUUUCCCUCUAAAAAAAAUACUUUCUUUAUCAUCAAAUUAUAACUUUUUUCUUGAAAUUUCAACUUUAUUCUUAUGUUACAAAUUAUUCUUAAAAAAUGUGAAUUUUAUUCUAAAAUGUAUUUGGGAAUAUUAGAAGAUGAAGUCAUAAUUUGACUACAAGGUGUUAUAUUUUGAGAUUUAGUUGUAGUUUUGUUAAAAAAAAAGUUGUAAUAUUUUGAGAAAGUAUUACAAGAUGUGGCUUUAAAAUAAGACUUAUUGUGAGAAGUAUGAUUUUCGUCAACAUUUUUUAAUAUAAUAUGCCUUUUUCUUUUCACAAUAUUAGAUUUUUCUCUUAAUAAGAACAAUAAAAAUCCAUUUGGAUUUUUAAAAAAAAAUGCUAAUAUUACAAUUAACAUAAAGUCAGAAAUGACAAGCAGAUUUGUAAUAUUUUGAGAUUUAUUUGUGGGUUUAUAGACAAAGUCUAUAGAAGAGCCACUUGCUUUUAUGCUUUUAAAAAUGAGCCUUUCCUCUUUAAAAGUAUGAUUUAUGUCAUAAAAUUUUAAAGUUGUACUGUGAGUUUUUUUGUGACAUAAUGACUUUAUUCUCACAUUAUAACGUGUUUUUCUAUUUAAAAAAAAAAAGAAAAAACUUUAUUUAAAAGUUUACUCUAAAAUGUAUUUGAGUGUUUAAAAAAGUAAUAAUAUUACAAGAUGAAGAUUUAACAGUGACAAAAAUAUCUGUAAUAUAUUUUGAUUUAGUUGCGGUUUCAUUAGACAAAACCUGAGAAUCAUGACAAUAAAAUAGCAGUAUUAAAAGACGUGACUUAAUUCAUGUAAAAAUAAGACAUUCCUUUUGAAAAGUGUGAUUUUUGUCAUAAAACUUUUUUUUUAUUGAAAUACUGACUUUAUUUUCACAAUAUUGCAUUUUUUAAGAAAAAAUAAAAUAUGUGGGAGUAAAAAAGUAAUAAUUUUGAAAGACAAAAUCACAAUUUGACAAGAAUAUUUAUCAAUUUAGGUUUUAUUAGACCAAAUCAUAAUUUUUUAAGAAUAAAGUUGUUUUUACAAGACAUAGACAUUCCUCUUUAAAAAAUAUGUUUGAUUUUUGUCCUUCUUUAAAUUUAUUUUAAUGCUGACUUUAUUCUUAUAAUAUUACAUAUUUUUCUUUAAAAAUAACAACUUUAUUCUAAAAUGUACCUGGGCAGAAAAAAUACUAAUAUUACAAUUAAGAUAACUUCAUAAUUUAUAUUAUUUUGAGAUUUAGUUGUAACUUCAUUAGAUACUGUAAUAUUUUAAGAAUUAAGUAGUAAUAUUACAGGAUGUUGCUGAAUUAAAAUUGGUCCAAAUUGUGAUUUUCCUAAUGAGAAAGAUAUUUGUGAUAAAAGUUUGACUUUAUUCUCAUAAUACUCAAUAUUUUUCUGAUAAGAUUGAGACUUUAUUCAAAAAUUCUGGGAUCUUUUUUCAGUAACUGUGGCUCUGGUACUCUGCUGAACAAGAACAGGUGCAGGGACACAUUAAACAUCUGGAUAUGUAAAUGUAAAUUAGAUGAAGAGUGAGUGGAGCCGACGGUCUGAACCAUUCAGCCCGCCGUCGUAGCACAAAUUUCACAUGGUGACAUCAUGCAGUCAUUAUUCUACAGAUUAUAGAUCUUUUUCUUCCACUGAGGUUUCAGGUGACGUGUUCCUGGACUGUGUGAGUAAAACCAAAACGUUUGAGUCUUAACAUAGAGGGAGACGACUUUUAACCACGACCUGUAUUUAAACAUAAAGAUAUUUAUAAUAUAAAAAGAAGCUGUUUGAGUUGUUGUAUACUUUCAAAAAGAAAUAUGCCAAAAAUAUUUUCUCUAAUAUAUUUUAGGUAUAAUUGUUUUCUAAACGUUGUACUGACGUUGUGUGGAGCUCUGUGCACGUCCCUGACGCAGGUGUGAGUGUGUUAACCUGCCGCUGUGGGACACUAAUCUGUGUUUAUCAAGACAAGUCCAGCUCAAAUUUGCUCUUUUCUCACCUGAAGAAACACAAGAUGGCAUUUUUAAGAUUUUUUCAGACUUCAGCAGUUUGUUUGUUGAUGUGCCAAAACACAUGUAUGUCUGCAAGCCGAUAAACCCCAAAUUAUUUAGAUUUAUAUGUAAAUACUGAUCAGCUUCCACAUUGCAAAACACUUGAUGAAUACCAGAGCUGUGUUUUAGGUUUGUAUAUUUCAGGAUGAGGCGGCUGCAGAGUCAGCGAGGGUGAGAUCUCAUGCAGCAACACCUCCAGCUCAGACGGGCCAGAUUGGACUUUUUAAAAAACUCUUUUUCAAACUCAUAACCACUGAGUUUUGUUCCCUGCACAGUAAAUUCAAAGCGAAUAUUGUAGCAAAGAGUUCCUCACACAUGCUCAGUGUGUUUCCUGUGAGUGUGUCCGGAGCUGUGAGGUUUCAGGUCGGAGCUGCUGCUGUGUGAGAUCAGAGAUUUUGUGACUCAGGGUCACGUCGGGUUUACUACACUGUUGAUGCUUCAUUCCACAGCCUGCUACGUCAACAGUAUAUGUGUGUGUGUGUGAGUGUGUGAGUGUGUGAGUGUGUGAGUGAGUGAGUGAGUGAGUGAGUGAGUGUGACUGUGAGUGUGUGGCCUUGUGAAUCGUGGUAGUACAGACCAUGCUGGACACUUCUAAAGGGGCAGUUAGUAACAGCUGACUGUUAUCGACCUCUGCUGGCAGCUUUCUGCAGAACUGAAACACCAUCUUCUCUUAUUGAACUCCUGCUGCUCAGGAUGGUUUAUACAGAAAUCUAAAAAUAACAAUGUCAUGAGGUGAAGGAAAAACAUUUAGAAGAAUUCAUCAGGCCUUAGAAAAAAACACAGUGCUGAGAGAAUUCGAAUGCACUUACUCACGUCACGUCAUGUAAUCAUGUGAUAGUUAAAUUUAUUGAUGUGGGUCUGGCGUGGUGAAACUAUUAUCUAUUGAAAAUGGACGACUAAAAGUACAAUCUUCGCCUCAUGCAUUGUGAAGGCCUUUAAAGCCCAGACACACCAAACCAACUUCAAAGAACUAGCAUUGACAGAAUCCCCUGCUGUGCCGCCUCAUGUCGUCCUGUCUCGGCCCAAAAGUUGCACGUGACCACACCGCAAAGACUACAGCUAACGGCUAACCAGCAUAUAUGUUCUGCGCCUGCAGGAGAGAAAAUAACUGACAGGAAGACCGUCUUGGUGCUAGUUAGCCAGUUAGCACAUUAACAACACAACCCAGUGUUGAAAGAACAGAGCAUAUUUACUGUGCGCCAGUGAACAAUAACACAAAGCAUCAGGAAAUGUUCUGCCAAAGAGACAAAUAAUCCGCCCGCAUAGAACAAGUUUACUUUGGUCUCACUCCUUCUUGACUUUAGCUUUUUGUUUACUUUCCUCACUUCUGUUUCUCUUCUUGUGGACUGAGCUGAACUGCCAAUUGGAGUGAUGUCAUUCUCUGACAGGCUCCACCAUCACAGAUACUGAUUUGGCAUGCUUAAACAGGCAAAAAAAAGCUGACGGGGGCAACCGUUUGGGACACCACGCAAUAACUAGGGCGACAGACGCUCACUGACGGCCCAAACAUUGACUGUUUGCUUGGUGUGUCAGGGCCUUUACACACCCGGGGGAGUAACAAAGAAAUGACUGCCUGCUAAUAUUUGGCAUCAAAAUUAUUCACAACUGCAGCAAAGCAAAUUUCUGACAGUUUAAACACUUGUUCAGUUAAAUGUUUUUAGGCCAAUAGAUUAACCAGCAAUGAUGCAACUUUGGGACAGUUAGCCGGGUUCACACUGGACGUAGAAGCACCACUAAGCAGGCAGAUUUUUCAUAGAGUGCUGCCUGCUCCUCUUCAGCACCCAUGUCACCAUUGCAGGUGCAUGCUCUGCCCCGCUGGUCGCUUAUGGCUGCAGCUUGACUGACUGUCUUGAUGCAAGCAUCGUUUGUUAAGCCCUCAAGCCAGAUAUCCCAGCAUGCUUUGUGCAGCGAAGCAAUCACUUCCAAUGCACAAUGAAUGGGAGCAAAUAUUUGGUUGUGUAUAUUUGUGUGUAUGGGGCACACACUGUGGCCCUGAGUGUGCGAUGGCAGCGAUUGUUUCAGCAUCUGAUCUUGUUUUUUCCACGAGUAAAUCUGGAAAGAAAACACACCGAUAACAAUAAAUUAUGAACGAUAUAUUGAUACAAUAUCAGUGGUCUGAUUAUGAUACAUUUUAAGAUAUAUAUCCAGUGCUGUGUAGAGUUAAAAUAUUAUAAUGAUUCUGACUCGUGCUUCAGGAUUUUACUGAGUUGGUUGAGGUGGAGCUCAUUUAGAAUAAUGAUUAUUUUCGUGAUGAGUUCAUCUGCUGAUUAUUUCCUCCAAUAAUCAAUUGAGUUAGUGUUUAAUUUAUAAAUUUAAAGUACUUGUAAUAGAGUAUUUUAAUAGUGUGGUGGAAGUACUUUUACUGCAAUUAAAGAUCUGAAUACUUUGUCCACCACUGCCAGAUUAUAACAGAUUAGUUAAAACAAAGAUUUUGUUAAUGAUCUUUUGAAUGGAAGAAGUUACAUGGUGAUGAGUCGUGAGGACAGAGGACGUGAUUGGCUGACACCAGUGAGUCAUUAGUUUGUGGUUUGUCACAUAUUUACGUACUGCCCCUUUAAAAGCAAAGUCGUGGCAGGUCUGAGAUCAGUUUGUGCUUUUCGUAAAAUGCAAUAUUAAAACCACGUGACGUGUCGGACACUCUUGAACCUGCAGGCUCGUAUGAAUGAGCGAUGAUUUGUGUGCAUCUGAUGCAGCUUGGUAUCCAAAGCUUGAGCUACUUUAAGAUUCAUCAGUAAAAUAGAUAAAUAAAAUAAAAUAAAUGCUUCCACUGGAUCGAUUUAACAGUUGCCAAAACAAACAUUUACUCUCUUGUGAUAAAACUUUAUUUAAAUGUACUAUAGCCUGUGUACAUAUUAUUUAUCACAAGGACUUCCUGUUGUGGAAUUAAUGUUUUUAAGAAAAGCAGUUUAUGUUUUUGUCUGUUUCGUCAUGUACUGUAUAUCUCACCAGAAAACACUCACAUCAGCAAACGUUAACACCUGAAUAAUCCACAGUAUCGCACAUAUGAUAAAGAACAGUAAAUGUUAAACACUAUGGGCAGCGUGGUGAAGUAAGAACACAGAUAGUUUCAUAUUUAUCAGCUAUUAGUGUCUGAUAACAGUAUUAUUUUUCCUCGUGGCUAAAAUCUGUAAAAUAGAGCAACUCAUUGUCGUCUUUUGAUCCUAAUUUUAAAUCAUUUAGAUUUAAUUUAAAGCGCCUGCUGAGAACAGUCCAAACACAAAGAUAUCAGGAUUAUUAUGUCAGAAAAUACAGAUGGUUUUAAUAAAUAAUGAUGAUUUCUAUCUGCUUGUCUGUCAUCAACAUUUCUUCGUAUAAUGACACAUUUCAUAUCCACAGUUCAGUCUGUGUCACAUCAUCACAGUGUUUUUGGGAAAAAGCAAUAAGAGCAGAGCGGCUGCUUCCCCGACAGAAUCUGCACUUUAAUCUUGGAUAUUUAUAUCUUUGUUUUGGCAACUGAGAAAAUCUGAAAUCACCUUUAAUCUGAAACGAGAGCGAGCAGAGAGUUUGAAAAUGUGACGCUGGUGUAAAUUGUGUAAAUGUGGUGAAUCGAUCCUGCUGAACGUGAAGCAGUCUUGUUGUUUUUUAUGUCUCUUAUUCUGUAUAUAAACGGCCUGUACUCACAUUUUUGUACUUUUUCUGACUGGGAGGAAAUUUAUUUUUUAUGUGACUUCUUUUGUUGAUGUAACAUACCCUUUUGUAACUCUUUGUGAACCUUUUUGUGUAAUUUGUUGUACAGCAACUCAAAUUUAAAUGCAUGAAAUGUCCCUUUAAUGUCGCCUUAACUGCUGUGAAUACUGUAUAUAAUGCACUGUAUUUCUCAUCACUUUAUCAGUAAAGACCUCAACUGUCCAAACAA